AUGAUCCUGCGGAUUCCCUUAUAUGUGGUCGCAGUACUGCUGUCGAGCCUUCAUGUAUAUGCAUCUUCUGGGGACCGCGCCGACAACUACCGGAAUUGUGUUUCGAAGUGCGAAUCUGUCAUUUGUACCGACUCGACUGGGACAAGCUCUCUUUCGCUAGCACUGCGGCUCGCACAAUGGACUUGCACAGAUGACUGCAAGUACAGAUGCAUGCACACAGUUACUGACUAUGCACUGGCCAAUGGGAUCGCGGUGCAACAAUACCAUGGAAAAUGGCCUUUCUGGCGAUUCGCCGGCAUGCAAGAACCGGCAUCGGUCCUAUUCUCCAUUCUGAACCUGUUGUGCCAUGUCAGGGGUGCGCGAUUGAUUCAAAGAGUCAUCCCCGAUCAUAACCCCGUGAAGAACUAUUACCUGAGGUUUGCGUUCGUCAGUGUAAAUGCUUGGCUGUGGUCUUCGGUUUUUCACACUCGAGACCUUCCUGCGACUGAGAAGUUAGACUACUUCUCUGCCGCCUUAGCUAUCCUCUAUGCCUUGUAUUAUACUGUCGUCCGCUUAUUUCACCUCUACCCUUCGGACAACAGCCGUCUUUCACUUGCAUCAAAACCGGCUCGCAAGCUUUCCGGAAUCUACAUCUUAUGGACAGGCAUAUGUGUCGCUGCUUAUAUCCUUCAUGUCUCUUAUCUCACACUAUUGCCACGCUUUGACUAUACUUACAACAUUGUGUUCAACCUUGUUGUCGGCAUGAUCCACAACUUCCUGUGGAUCGUAUAUGCGUUGCCCUCGUCCCUUCCAUCAAUCCGUCGUUUCCCAUUUCGACCACGAUCGUAUCGGCCUGGAUAUGCAUCCAAAGCCGCGCUUUUCGUCCUUCUUACAACACUAGCCACGUCCUUGGAGCUCCUCGAUUUUCCUCCUUGGAAAAGGAUUAUUGACGCUCAUUCAUUGUGGCAUUCGUCGACCGUCCCAAUUGCUGCUCUCUGGUACGAGUUCCUUGUUCAGGAUGCUCAGGAUGAAGGCUGGAGGGUACAAAGAUCAUAA